AUUAUUUAGUGCCAUUAUCUUUAUCCUUUUUACGCGUCGUCGCAUUCGUCGCAUGUUGGAGUUUGCCGCCAUCAGUCGAGCGUCGCGAUGAAUCUCAGCCUGCUAGAUCCGUUUCAGAACGACUUUCCCGAGGUGAUCGAGGAGUAUUUGGACCACCGCGCCGCCAAGUGCAUCGCCUUCAACCGCCGCGGCACGCUGCUCGCAGCGGGGUGCGCGGACGGCGUGUGCGUCAUCUGGGACUUCGACACGCGCGGAGUGGCCAAGGAGCUGCCGCUCCCCCCGCUCCACCCCGCGCCCCCCCGUGACACCCCCUCACCCGCUACUGUGCACUCGCCAUCCGCCACGCCCUCCGCCGAUCCCCCUGCCGCCGCCCCCAUCGCUGCCCCCCCCGCGCCGCCGUCGCUCGUGACGAGCGUCGCGUGGUCCAAAUGCGGCCGCCUGCUGCUCGCCGCCUACACCGCCGCGGGGCCCUCCUCUCACGCCCACGCCCACUCCCCCGUGCAAUCGCAUGCCCCGCCGUCCCCCCACCGCGUGGUGCUGUGGGACGUGGCGGCGGGCUCCCCCGUGGCGUCCGUGGCGCUCCCCAAGCCCGCGCUCCACGUGCGCCUGCACCCCUCCCCCUCCCCCUCCCUCGCGCUCAUCUGCCCCAUGGGCGCACCCCCCGCCCUCCUCCACCUCCCUUCCGGCGCCCUCCGACCCCUCCCCGCCUCCCCCAAGGCAGAUAGCUCCGCGGGCGGAGGAGGGAAGGGGGGAAGGGGCGGGUGGGGUGAGGCGGGGGCAGGGAGUCUGCCGUGGCCGGCGCUGUUUGACAAGAGCGGCAGCCUGGUGCUGGCGGGCGCGCCCUCAGGCCACAUCCUCGUGGCGUCCGUGCCCGACGCCACCCUCAUUGCCACCAUCCCUGGCGUCCCCUCCUCCGCUGGCAGCAGCAGCGGCAGCACGGCAUGGGCGGCGGCGUGCAUCCGGCAGCUGGCUCUGAGCCGCAACGGGCGCUUCCUGCUCACCAACUCCACCGACCGCGUCAUCCGCGUCUUCACCCUCACCACCGCCCUGCACGGCGACAACAGCAGGGCAGGGGGGAGUGGCGCCAGUGGGGUUGCUGGGAGUAAGAAGGGGGCGCAGCAGAACGGGGGGAGAGACAAGAGCGAGGUUGGGGAGUCAGACAGCAGUGAGGGCGAGGGCGGGCGAGUAGGGGGCGCGGAGCAGGGCAGUGCAUGGCCGACCGCGGGGGACAUGGUCCCACAGGGCAAGCGGCAGGUGCUGGUGUCGCUGGCGUUCCUCAAGGAGUACCAGGACGCGGUCAACCGGGUGCAGUGGCGCAGCGCCUGCUUCAGCGGCGACGGCGAGUUCGUGGUGGGCGGCGUGGCGGCGCGCGGCGAGCACAAGAUCCACAUCUGGAACCGCGCGUUCGGGCAGCUCGUGCGCAUCCUCGAGGGCCCCAAGGAGGCGCUGGCGGACCUCGUGUGGCACCCCACGCGCAAGGUGAUCGCAUCGCUGUCGGGCGCCGGCACCAUCUACCUGUGGGCGCAGGACUACCGCGAGAGCUGGAGCGCCUUCGCGCCCGACUUCCGCGAGCUGGAGGAGAACGAGGAGUACGCGGAGCGCGAGGACGAGUUCGACGCCUGGCCCGACCCGCGGCUCAGCCAGCCGGGGGCGCACGGCAGGGAGGAGCAGGCCUGCGCGGUGGAGGAGGGCGAGGUGGACAUCGAGACGGCGGAGCGCGUGGCGGCCUACAGCGACUCCGACGACUCCACCGACGCCCUACUCUUCCUCCCCACGCACCCCCUCCCCGCCCCCACGCCCGCUGCUGCUGCCACCCCGCCUGCUGCCAAUGGAGCUGCCGUGCCGGCAGACGAGGGGCAGCAGGGGGCGGGCAGGGGGCGGAAGAGGGGCGCAGAGAGUGGGGGGGAGAGUGAGUUGGAGGGGGAGGAAGGGGAGGGGCAGGACAGUGGAGGGGCGGGUGCAGACAGCGACUCAGACGGGCGGUUGCCGUCGGGGCGGGGCAGGCGGCGGCGGCGGCUGUCAGAGAAGGCAGCAGAGCUGGUGGGGGGCGGGAGGAGGGAUGGCAGGGGAGAGAGGAGGGAGAGGCUGGGAGAAAAGAGAGGUGGAGGGGGGGAGAAGAGCCACCGAAGGGGCAAGGGCAGGGCAAAGAGGGAGAGAUAGCAUCAUAGCAUGCAUACAAUGGGUAUCAGAGCGUGGUGUAUGCGAUCGCACUCGUGUGGUGUUGGUGGUGAUGUGAUUGCAUUGUUGCGCUGUGCCGAGGAUUGGCCUGAAAUUCUUUUGGAAUGCCACCCAUUAGUGAGUUGAAGCUG